UGACUUGUAACGGAGAGAGAAAGGGAGAGAGAGCAACAGGUGCAAGUUGGCACAACCCUCGCUCGCUUUGAUACUUGACCCUUAUUGCAUAGAAAACCCCACAAAUCUCAACAGCCCUUUCUCCUCUUCUCUCUCUUGUGUGCUUUUCUUUCUCUCACUCACUUUCUACCUGUAACUGCUCUACCUCCUCAAACAAAGAGAGUGAUGCCUAGCUGAGGAGAGAAUUGAAAAAAUGAGUAGUGUAAUGUAGUCCAGCAGAAUUAAUAAUAGUAAUGAAAACAAAGUGAGAUCCAGCUCUCUCUCGUGAUCUCAUCUAAUCGACGCCCCUCCCCCACUAUUUCCGCCUUUAACGCCUCGGUUACUCCAACCCCCUUCAUUACUAUUCUACUCUUUCUUUCUCACUAAACCCAACUUGAUUUCUCUCUUCCUUCUUUCUUCCCCAUAUUGCUUAUUCGAAUUCACCUCUUCUUUGUAUUUAUCCGAACACUACCAGUUGCAUUUACUUGUUUCGUUUCAGAUGUGAAUCCGUCUUCAAUGCUGAAAAAGCCUUAGAAUUUUAAGUUAAUUUGAUGUCUGGUAGUAUAUAUUAUUAGGUCUCUGUUGCUCUCUGUUUUGCUGGAUAAAUAUUGUGAUAGGUAAACUUUCUGUGGUUUGCUCAAGUGCUGAGAGCUUGGCUCUUGGCUAAGUGACAUUAACCUCAAUUAUGUCGUUCAAUUUCCAAUAGGAUAUUUUUUGCUCGGAGAUUGAGGUUGAAUAUUCGAGAAUGUUGACUUGUAUAGCAUGUUCGAAGCAGCUCAACACUGGAUCUCUGCGUGAACGUGAACCAGAGGAAGAAGAUGAUACGGCUGCAACACCCAGCAAGAAACAAGCUAUCAAGGCACUUACUGCUCAGAUCAAGGAUAUGGCAGUUAAAGCGUCAGGAGCGUAUAAGAACUGUAAACCAUGUUCAGGAGGUUCAAAUAACAACGAGAACCCUAAAUAUGCUGAUUCUGAAACUGGGUCUGUAUCGGAAAGAUUUCAUUACUCGUAUAAAAGGACAGGGAGUUCCAAUUCAACACCAAGGUUAUGGGGUAAGGAAAUGAAAGGGAGAUUGAAAGUACUGUCUAGUGGAGAAAGUACACCGGUAUCAAUAAGUGGACGGAGCGAAUCGGUUGUUGGUGUGGAAGAUGAUGAUGAUGAGUCUAAAGAAUGGGUUGCUCAGGUUGAACCUGGCGUUUUAAUCACCUUUGUUUCUCUGCCUGAAGGUGGAAACGAUCUGAAACGAAUUCGAUUCAGCCGUGAGCUAUUUAACAAGUGGCAAGCUCAACGUUGGUGGGCCGAGAAUUAUGACAAGGUCAUGGAACUAUACAAUGUCCGUAGAUUCAAUCGACAAGCAGUACCAUUGCCAAUUCCUCCUAGGUCUGAAGAUGAGAACUUAAAGCUGGAAUAUGUUGAGAGUAGUCCUGUAACACCUCCACUAACCAAAGAGCGUCUCCCUAGCCACGUUCCUCGUUCAACAGGGGCAGGCCAUUUGUCAUCAGGCUCUCUUGAAAGAGAUGAUGCAGGUGGUCUCACUUCGACCCCUAAGCUUUCCAACAUCAGCGCAACAAAAAGUGAGAGACCAUCAAUGGACGCUUCUGCACGGACUAGUCCUUCAAGGGAAUCUGAUCGCUCAGGGGAGCUAUCGGUUAGCAAUGCCAGUGACGUUGAGACUGAAUGGGUUGAAGAAGACGAGCCUGGAGUCUAUAUCACAAUUCGAGCAUUGCCUGGUGGUACUCGUGAGCUUAGAAGGGUCAGGUUCAGCCGUGAAAGAUUUGGUGAAAUGCAUGCCAGGUUGUGGUGGGAAGAGAACAGAGCCAGGAUUCAAGAACAGUACUUGUGAUAUAGGACAUAAUCUAGAGUUCUUUAAAUUAAAUUCAUCCAUAAUUGGUAUCUCGCCAGGACCUCGAACAUAAUUGGAGGUUUGGUGCACCGGCCUGCCCUGCCAGUAAUUGGUAUCUCAGUGCUCCUGUAUUUGGCAUCAACCCGGGCUACUCUUUGUUUUCUUUCUCUUAAACUAGUGAUAGGAUUUUUUCUUUCUUGGUGAAAAGGUUUAGAGGUUUAUUUGAGGGUGUAAUGAUGUGUAGUGAUUGUUAAUGAAGAAAUACAGACUAAUAUUGCAAAAUCUUUUUGGCUUUUCUUUUCUGAAGAACUUUCAGAAAUUCUUCCCAAA